AUGUUCCAUCGCGUUAACAUACGUAAAGCCGAUCAAAAUUCUCAGCGGUUCCUUUGGCGAGAAGGAGACCCGACGAAGUUACCCGAUGUUUAUGUUAUGACUGCAAUGAUUUUCGGCUCUAUUUGUUCGUUAUGUUCGGCACAAUACGUAAAAAAUUUUAACGCGAGUAAGUUUUUGCACGAGUAUCCGCGAGCAGUAGAAGCUAUUAUCGAUCGCCACUACGUAGAUGACUACGUUGGCAGUUUCUCUAGCGUACAUGAGGCUAUAAGCGUAACGAAGAAGGUAGUCGCGAUCCAUCAAGAAGCAGGUUUUGAACUUCGAGGAUUUAUUUCGAAUUCAAAUGCUCUAUUGCAAGCCAUUUACGACACGUCAAUGCCAGUUGAGAGUCCUACAAAAAAUAUGUGUAGUGGUGAAUCAGACUGCGAGAAAGUUCUGGGCAUGCACUGGGAUCCGAAUCGUGAUGCUUUUUCUUUUAAGUUAAUGUUUGCGAGAAUUCCAAAUCAAGUUUUGGAUGGCAGUAGACGUCCAACUAAAGCGGAGUUGUUAGGGAUUAUCAUGUCCAUUUUCGAUCCCUUCGGGUUUCUAUCCAACAUAACUUUGGCUCCGAAAAUACUUCUGCAAAAAUUAUGGCAGUUAAGCGUUGACUGGCAUGAAGCAAUUCCACGGGAGAUUCACGAAGUAUGGUUCCAGUGGUACAAGUCGCUAGAAUCGCUGUCUGAAUUUAGCGUACCGAGAUGCUAUCAUUUGAAUUUCACAGACCCUUCAACGCAGAUUCAGCUUCACAUAUUCGUCGAUGCAAGCGAACUUGCCUACGCAGCCGUGGCCUACUGGCGUAUAUGUCAUGCAAACGAGGUAGAAAUAGUUUUCAUUGUUGGAAAGUCCCGCUGCAGUCCAUUGAAGCCACUAUCUAUUCCACGUCUGGAGCUUCAGUCCGCGGUUCUAGGAACAAAAAUUAAGAGUGUGAUUUUAGGCAGCCACACUGUACAACCAGAUAAAAUUGUGUUCUGGUCAGAUUCGAAGACCGUUAUUCAAUGGAUUAGGUCCGAAGCGCGACGUUACAAGCAAUUUGUUUGUAAUAGAAUAUCUGAAAUCCUCCAAUCGUCUGAGGUCUCACAGUGGAGAUGGGUGCCAGGCUCGUUAAACCCUGCAGAUGACGCAACAAGACCACAAAAAGUUAGAGUUUCAUCGAACUCUAGGUGGAUUAGUGGCCCUUCAUAUCUUAAUCUAUCUGAGGAUCAGUGGCCCGUCCUACCAAAUCCCGAAUCGGAAGUUGUAGGCGAAGAAGAAAAGCAAACUACUCUAAUUAUUAUACAUUUUUGA